AUAUAAAUAGUUAAUGCAUCACUAACUUGAGAGGUUAAUCACCGACUUUUGUUAAAUUAUUGCCACAUACUUGCGUUUUGAUUAAGUCAAAGCCACAAACUUUACUGGAAUUGAAAACUACCACCUGUUUGCUACACUCAUCAUCAUUGUAAAAUCUAAUGACUCGACAAUUCCCAACCAUUCAGUGUCCUCUACACUAUCAUUACACAACACCUUCAAACUGAAACUAGUUUUGAGGUGGACAUUUCUCGGUCGUUGGUUAGUUAGGUGAUGAUCAUCAAUAAAACCCACUCCCUACCAUUUUAUAAUUUUAAUUAAGCAACACCACAACCUUAUAAUAAUUUCUGAUUGUAUUGAUAAAUUUCGUUACAUAUAUUAUUUUUGGACGAAGAGAUGGCAAAACUGUAAUUCAAAGAGGAGUUCACUAAACGUGCAAGCGUCCUCUCUCCCACUCUUCUUUGUCACACACGCAGAAAUCGCAUCCUUCUUUUGCUCCUCUUCCUUAAGGCAAAUCUCAUUCAGAUCGUCUCAUCUGCAAAGAAAAAUAAAUAUUUAAUUUGGUUAGUUUCUCGUCGAAAUUUGGAUGUGCUGUCGUUUCCAAUGGAGCCAAUUCUUAGGAAAAUCUCAGCGUCGCCUUGGCCGGUUCUUGUACAAGCCGCCACGUGGACAUUGCUCCUAAUGCUGACGGUGGGUUUUGCGUCUUUCGCACCAGAGAUGGCGUUUGUGUCUACAUUGUCAUCUUCCUCAAAUCUCUGCGACGGAGGAAAUGGGUUGGUGAGGAUUCCAAUUGAUUUACCGGGAGAGAUGGUGUGCGUGCCGUCUGAAACAGUUAAGCGAUCAGCUUUCGACCUUUUCGUGCCGACGAUAUUCGCAGGAGUUAUGGUCGUUGCAUCAGUCUCUCUAAUCCGAUCGUGUUUUGGGAUGGAAACCCACAUAUAACGUGACUCUUUUGAAAAAAAAAAAAAAAAAAAAAAAAAGUGACUCUUUUGAAAGCUCGUUUAAAUUAUUGCGUUUCUAGCUUAAUCCAAUGUAGAAACUAGUGUCUCGAGUCACUACCUUAAUACACUUUUUUUUUUUU